AGUUUUAAAGUGAUAUUUUGAAGAAAAUGACCAUGCUGUCUACAGUUGGCGUUCCAAUUCUGUUAAUGUUUUAUUUGUCAUGUGUAGACGGAUUAACCUGUCUGUCGUGCAAUAGUGUUGCUGAUAUCAAUGACUGUCUGCAGACUCUCGCAACAUGUCAAAAUAGUAACGAGGAGUGUUAUCUUGACAAAACAAUUCUUCCGUCUCUCCAAGCUGUGUUUUCUGCCGGUUGCAGAUCUAAAAAGGUUUGCGAUUUAUUUGCUGCCGCAACAGGGAAAAGAGAAGUGUCAAGAUCAAAGAGAACAAAUGUUGCCUGCGCUCAGUGCUGUACGACAAGCUCAAAUAAUUCAACAGGAAUACCGUGUAAUGGCUAUCUGUGUAACCAAAAACCAAAAACUGUUGGACAUACUUGUGGUGUAUGCGAAAGAAUUGAGGACCCAACAACGUGUUCCAUUAUAAAAGACUGUCCACCAAAUGAAGUUUGCGCCUCAGAAUUAAUUUUUGCCAAUGGUAAACUUUUGAACAGACUUGGAUGUGAGAGAAAAGAAGUAUGCGAUCUCACCCUGAAAGGUUACAAGAAGUCAAAUCCUGGAAAAUAUAUUGGUCCUAACCGUAAAAGAGUAGAUGGGGAAAUAGUAAUUUGUUCUUCGUGUUGCGAUACACGUACCUGUAAUAUGGCAAAUUGUAAAUCAUUAAUUAACAAACAGCCAUGCUACAAUACAACAGUAUGUGGUUGAAUAACAGCGUCACUCUACACAUUUUACCAAAAUGUUCAUCAAUUUUCUCAAAUAAAGCAAUUUUACAUGAACACAUAUAAUUUAUAGGUAUACCACACAAAACAAAAAUUGAAAUCAAAUUUCAGUUUGUAUUACUUUUAUAAGGGGGAUUAGUUUCUAGCAUUUAUUGUAUAAUUGCAAUGAAAUACUAUAAUCCUUAAGCUAAAGAAUUGUUUUUCUUUUCGACGUUAUUAAAUCUUGCUCUAAU